AUGGACAGGGGUAGAGUUGAAUUGCCCUCAAGGGAUCCUGAGGAAGCCAAGGCUGACAUGAUGACCUCUCUGUUCUCUGCUGUCAGCCCUGGGUCUUCCCCUAGCCCUUUGGACAGCGCUCUGAAGCCUGAGCCUGUGCUCAAACCCUCAGACUGCAGGAAGAAAAAGAAGAAAAGAAAGUGCCUUCAGCAAGAAGCCAACAUUCAAACCCUCACCAGGGCUGGCCACAUGGCCCUGCAGGCUGGUAGGACCCAUGAGGCCUUGACUAGCUUCCAGAAGAAGGCCUUUUUGCUAACCUCUGAGGAUCCACUAACCAGAGACAGCUCUGUACUUUGCACCUGUGCCUGCAACCUAGGGGCUGCCUAUGAGGAAACUGGGGACCCAGCCAGAGGUCUUGAGCUGCUUUUACGAGUCCAUCUUGAAGAGAAGCCCCAGGGCCAGUGUCAUGGUGACCAGUGUUUCAAUGUGGCUUUGGCCUAUUGUGCUCUUGGUGACCUGCCUCAAGCUUUGGACUGGUACCACAAGGCUCUGGGCCAUUACCAGCCACAGGGUGACCAUGGGGAAGCCCAGGCAAAAAUGGGAGCCUGCUACCAGGCCCUGGGAUGGCUUAACCAAGCAGCCUGCUGCUUACAGGAAGCAAGCCAAGCCUAUGCUUAUGCAGGCCAGCUCUGGGAUGCAGCCCUAGCCCUGGGGGCUGUGGCAGGAUGUAUGCUGAACAGUGGGUACCACAGGCUGAGUGAUGUGCUGCAGGCGCUGGAGGAGAGUGGAAAGCUUGCUGACAGGAGAACUGAGUGGAGACUGCUGGAGCCACUCUACAAUGACCUAGGUCUGGGCUACUUCCAGUUUCAACUGUUCCCUCUGGCAGUAGAGACCUUCCUGCAGGCCCUGCCUCUGUGUCAAGGGCCAGGAGAGCAGACAACAGUGCUAAGAAACCUCGGAAUGACCCACAACAUCCUUGGCAACUAUCAGGAAUCCCAGGAGCUUCACCAGAAGGCUGCUGAUCUGCUUGGGAAAGGCAGCUUCUAUCUCGUUGGGCAGCUGGGUAGGUCUCCCAUCCGCCCCAGGAACCUGCUUGCGGGCUUCCAGAAUAACCCUCUGUUUUUCUUCUGUCGUGAGGAGAACUUGGAGAAGCUGCUGGCAAUCAUCCCAGACGUCCGACAAGGGGAUUCCGCGUCCCUUGCCCGGACGAGAUUCACGAAUACAAAUGAACAAAAAGUCCUACGGAUGUGGUUCUCACAGACCCUGGGGCGUCCCCCAGGCCGACAGGCAAAGCUCAAAGACCGUCGUCUUGCUCUUGCACUGUCCAAAAUGGUAGAGCAAGGUUGGAGCAUUGGCAGCCUGGCAUUUGCCCUGAGUCAGCUGGGGGACCACAGCACCACCUGGGACAGCUAUCUGCAUGCCCUGCAGGCUGCCCAAGACACAGGAGACUUGAAGGGACAGUGGCAGGCCUGUGAGGGCCUUGGGGCUGCUUCAGCCAGACUGGGGCAGUACGACCAGGCCUUGAAGUACUAUAAGGAAGAACUGGCCCAAUGUCAGCAGGAGCCAGGUUCUGUGUGAGAGCAGUUGGUGGCCAAGCUGGAAGAUGCCAUGUGUACCCACUUGGCCCAGGAGGGACUAGUCCAGGCUCAUACUCUAUCCUCUGUUCCAGCACGUAGAAGAUUCCAGGCUUCAAAGAAGGCCUCCCUGGUGGCAAGGACCUCAGCCAGGGUACAAAACAACACAGAAAAUGCCUAGAACAGUAGAUGGGAAGAUGAGGAUUCUGAAGAGAGCCAUGAAGAGAAGGAGAUGGAGGGGAUGGUGAACAUGACCUCUGUGUGUCAGCACCUCAGAGACUGGAGCAUGUGUGGCAGGAGGCUAAUGGCUGUGCCCCACCUCCUACAGGUGGAACUCUCUCUCACCUUCCUGGUCCUCCCACCCAGGGUCUGCACUGUGCCACCUGUCUCCAGCUUCUCAGGUUGCUAA